GCCGGCUUAUAUAUAUUGUAUCGUAUUGUGUUAACGGGGCAUUGCUAAUCGUCAAAAUCAUUUGAAAAAUGGGUGAAAUGAUCCCUGUCCCUGACCUCAGUCCUUCAACUCCUUGUUUAUUUGUAUUUUGUUUUUAGCUGUGGUAGUGGUAUAGAUGGAUUAUAGUGCAGCUGUGUAAAAACUUUUGUGAGUUGUAGUGGUGAAAUUUCAGUUUUUAUGUUUAUUAUGUUUAAAACUCCGUCAAACCUUUAACAGAAUUGGCAUCUAUUUUAAGAGAACUAGAUAAUUUGGCUAAAAUUAAAAUUGUUUAUACUAGAUGUCUGUAAACAGAUGAGCACAAUGUUUCUUGAAUUACCAAAGGCAAAAAGUUUAUAGUUUAAAGUAUCUGUAUGUGAAAAUAUAAAUUAUACCCCAAAAAUGCAUUGCUGCAGGCAAGAUUUGCAACAAAAUAUGCCCAGACCAAGCCAUUGUAUUUUAACAUAACUUGCUUGCAACAAAGUAUCAAUGACUUAUUUGAAGAAUUAACCCAGAUGAAAAUAUUGUGAAAUGAGUCACACCAGUGAGUCAAAUCUCUCAAAUCCUUUAUCACAACCUCUUAGGGUUGAAACUGGUCAUGCUGGGGUGAGUGCAGAUGAAACCAAUUAUUUUGAAGAAAAGGACAGUUUUAAUCAUGCUAAUGGGAGCAAUGACAAUGAUUCUCUUGGUCCCUUACCACCAAAAUGGGAAAAAGCUUUUACUGAAAGUGGGGAGGCAUAUUUUAUAGAUCACUCUACUGGAACAUCACAUUGGCUUGACCCCAGAUUAUCAAAAUUUCAAAAAAAGACCCUUGAAGAUUGUUUGGACGAUGAGCUUCCUUAUGGGUGGGAAAAAAUAAGUGAUCCUCACUAUGGAACCUAUUUUAUUGAUCAUGUAAAUAGAAGAACGCAAUAUGAAAAUCCUGUCAUCCAGGCAAAAAGAGCAGCUACCCAGACUUUAACGAGAGAAAGUAGAGCCUUCUUUACUAAAGAUCCCUCAGAGCUUUAUGGCCAGAGAAUACGGACUUCUUUGGUAAAAUCUUCUAGAGGAUUAGGAUUUACUAUAAUAGGAGGAGAUGAUGGGAUUGAAGAAUUUUUGCAAAUUAAGUCUGUGGUUCCCAAAGGGCCUGCAUGGUUGGAUGGUCAUCUUCAAACAGGGGAUGUUAUCGUUUUUGUAAAUGAUAGUUGUGUUCUUGGUUACACUCAUAACCAAAUAGUUAGAUUGUUUCAAUCAAUUAGUGUAGGAUCUACUGUUCAGCUGGAAGUUUGCAGGGGAUAUUCUUUGCCUUUUGAUCCAAAUGAUCCAAAUACAGAGGUAGUUACAACUAUUGCUGUUGAUUCUCAAUUGCAACCAAGUAUUGAUAAAAGGUUAUUAGAUUCCAACUAUAAUUUUCUGGAUGGAGAAGACAGCAUUUCCAGAGGCGAUGAGACUGUUGAUUCGUGUGAUGAUAUUGAUGAUUUAAUCAAAGGUAUUAGUACCAUGAAUGUGGAAAGGGUAGAAGUUAAAGUUCGCAUUAUAAAAGGAAAUCUUGGUUUUGGUUUUACAAUAGCUGAUAGUGCAUGUGGACAAAGAGUGAAAAAAAUUUUGGACCGUCAAAGAUGCAAAAACCUAAUAGAAGGAGAUAUUUUAUUAGCAAUUAACGAUAUAUCCUUGGAGAAUAUGUCCCAUGAUGAUGUGGUACAAGUAUUAAAAAAUUGUCCAUACAAUAGUGAAGCUAAUAUUCAUGUUCAAAGGGGUGAUCCAUCUAAACCAUCGAAUAUACGAAAUAAGGCUCGAAAAUUAGAUACUAAAUUUAAUCCCAAAGAUGUUUCAAUUCCGUUUAGAAGUAAAACGCCAACUGCUGAUAUUUAUAGUAUACAAACUAGAGAAGUGCUUCCAAGUAGACCGAAAACACCACUUAUAGAUACAAGAUGUUUGUCCAAAACCCCAGUAAUGGAUAUCAAUUCGAAUUCCAACGAUGUUCUUCGUGGGGAUUUUCAGACUGAUAGUUAUUCCGUUGAGAGAUCAAGACUGCGCUCAUCACUAAACGAAAACCCCGAAGAUGAUGAUUUAGAUCCCGAUCUUUUUGACCCUAACCAAAGCAAACCGUCAUACGAUUAUCAUCUACCUGUAGGAUCAAAAUACAAUAGUAGUCUUCCGCCGCCUCACCGAUACGAUUGUGCAUGCGCAUUUUGUGCAGCUGCUGCCACGCAGCCGAACUUAUUGGAGAGUAAUAAUUUUAUGCAUCCGAACACUAAGAAAGAUAACCAGUGGUGGUAUCCUGAAAAUGGUAAAACCGAGUACGUAACAACAAAUAUUGUACUUAACCGCCACGAAAAUGGAUUUGGGUUUAGAAUCGUUGGCGGGAUAGAAGACAAAUCUCAGGUGGCAGUUGGACAGAUUGUACCAGGUGGGGCAGCUGACUUAGAUGGCCGGAUGCAAACUGGAGAUGAAAUUGUAAGUGCUGAAGGAUUCUCUGUUUUAAAAGCUGAACACAGGCAAGUUGUUCAGCUAAUAAACGCGGCUGCUGUGAAGGGCCAAGUGAACCUGGUUUUGAGACGAAAAGUUUUCGUGCCUAACAACGCUCCACCUUUACUUAAUUAUUCAAUGGGUUGGCCAGAAAAUUCUCCACCCGCAUUGCCUUUAAGUCAAUCAGCACCUUCGAUUCCUAGUCCUCAUCCAUCACCUACUUAUGACGUUACCGUGCAGCGAAAUGAGUCUGAAGGUUUUGGUUUUGUUAUUAUAUCGUCCGUGAAUAAAAUUGGAUCUACGAUAGGUCGCUUAAUAGAAGAUAGUCCAGCAGAAAGAAGUGGAAGAUUAAGAGUUGGAGACUAUAUAGUCGCCGUGAACCAUAUAGAUAUAAUGCAUUUAAGUCAUGGAGAUAUUGUAAAUUUGAUAAAAGAAUCUGGCUUAUCAGUAACAUUAACGAUUGCGCCUAAUCCGGAGUCGUGAUUUAUGUAGAUGACUGGUCUUAAGGGCUACUUGGAGAAAAUUAUCUAAUAAUAAAAUAAACGAAAAGCAGUUUAAUCUGAUAAGUAGUGUUAAUUUUUAGUAAUGUAAAUAAGCAGUAUUUGUGAUAGUGUACGUACGAAUAACGGCUACUGUAUGUAUAUUAAAUUGUUUAUUGAUUUAACA